UCAUGAAUAGCUUAUCAAAGAAGAUUGAUCAAACGAGCGGGAAAUAAAAAAAAAUACGGAGUAAAUAAAUUAGUGAACGUACAUAAAGAAACUUAUUGAAGAAGCAAAAGAUUAUGUGAUCAAAGUAGCGGGAAAUUAAAUUAAACUUUAUUUACUCAUAUCACUGAUCAGUGAUCAAACUUCCUUGUUGUCACCAAAUUCUCUCUCCUCAUUUUGUUCAUCAUCAAUGGCUGUUUCACCGUCGGACCUCCCGCGGCUGCCGGCGGCGGUGGUGGAGCAGCUGCACGCAAUUUACUACGAGAAAUCGCAGCCACCGGCGAGCGCCGUCGCGAUUAGAUAUUUAUCUGAUAUCGGCGAACAAGAAUCGUUGAAAAUUCUUGAUACUAUUCGUAAUUAUUCAAAAACUAUACGAAAUUUAAGUGGAUUUAUUGUUCAUUUGGCUAAGAAGAACAAUUCUCAUCGCUUCUCUCCUCCUUCUCCGCAAUCUCCGCUUCCGCCUUCUCCUGCUGUUACUCCUCAAGGGAAUAAAUCAAGUGAGAAUAAACGGAAGAGGGAAUCAGAUCAUCCUGGUGGUGUAAGUACUGCAAGGCGGGUGUGUGACUUUAACUCGCCGGCUAAGGGUGAAGGGGAGCCUAAUGUACCCAAUAGUAGAAGAGAGAUUGUGUUAGACGCGUUUGAGAAACUUGAAUUCCGAAAGGCUUUCUUAAUUUUGAACUACAUUGGGAGAUUGAAGCUGGAGGAUGUUGUUUCUGCUGAUCAAAUUAUGAGUUAUCAAAGGCUUUCUAUGAGGGACUUUGAGGUUGAGAUAUGGAAUGAUUUUGGUAAAAGCAUUUGCCAGGAAAAAGAGCGAGUUCUUAAGAUGAACUGGGAAACUAGAGAAAGGUACAAUUACCAUUGUCAUGUUGAUGCACAAGGAAACUGUCGCUUCAAGGGUCCAUACCCGAACAAGGCAGCUACACUCUUACAGAAAGUUGUAGGAGAUGAAAAUGUACUAAUAGUGAAGUUGAUGGAGCAAGAAACAGAGAGCCUAGGAACAGAGGCUAAGAUGCAAAGUUCGGUUUUUAAUAAGAUAUCUGAAGGAAUUUUCAUUGGUAAAAAGUGUUACCAGUUUUUUGUUUAUAAGGAUGGCGGAAAAGAGGAAAAGAUGAAAGAUCCGACUUCUAGUCCCGUAAAGUGCUAUUUUGUUUGUAUGGAGGGGUUUGCAACACUAUUAAGGAAACCACCUCAACUUUUGAAGAUAUCAGUCCAGGAUGCAAGAUGCUUAUUCAUGCACAUACAUAAGGCUACCAAUCCGUCUAAUUAUAUGGCAAGGUUUUCUCUUAUACUGUCAAAAACCAUAACCUUGGAGCUAAAUUUUGAUGAUUUGUGUGUUGAAAUCACUGAAGAUGUACCUUGUCGGGAUGGAAAUGGUGAUAUUAUCUAUGGUACAGAUAAUAAAGCCUUGAUAUUUACAGAUGGAACUGGUUUCAUCUCUGAAGAUCUUGCUUUAAGGUGUCCUCAUAAUUGUUUUAAUGGUUACGUGAACAAUGAAGAGAAUGAUCAGGGCCUGCAUGGAUCUUUAGAAGCAUUUCAAUUUCCUGACAACUAUUCUGGAUUAACAGAGUUGAGAUCACUUCCGAGUGUGCCGCCUUUGCUGAUACAGUUUCGUAUGUUCCACAAAGGUAAAGCUAUAAAGGGAACUGUUCUCGUGAACAGAAAGCUUCCUCCUAUUACCAUUCAAGUUCGAAAGUCGAUGUUAAAAAUUGAAUCUGAUGAAAAACUUUCAGAUGCUCCAUCCGUAAAUUCGUUUGAGGUUGUAGCAACCAGCAAUAAACCAAAGGAUGCUGCUCUAUCAAAGAACCUGAUUGCACUGCUUAGCUAUGGAGGGGUGCCAAAAGAUGUGUUUUUGGCUAUGCUGUGGGAGGCUCUUACCAAACCUUGGUCUGUUUUGUACAGAACUAAAGCAGCAACAAGAGUCGCUGUUAAUUGGGAUUUCACUGAUGAGUUUAUUGUUGCACGGAUGAUUGCAUCUGGAAUUCCUCUGGAUGAGCCAUUUCUUCGACAUCGUUUAUCUGAUAUAGCAAAGGAAGAAAUGAAAAGUCUCAAAGGAGGGAAACUUCCAGUUAGUGACAGUUUCUAUUUAAUGGGAACAGCAGAUCCCACUGAAACAUUGAAUGCUGGUGAAGUUUGCAUAAUUCUGGAUCAGGGACAAAUUUCUGGACCAGUAUUAGUCUAUAGAAAUCCAGGCACUCACCCCGGCGAUAUUCAUAUUUUGACUGCAAAAUAUGUUGAGGGUUUGAAGGAAUAUGUAGGAAACGCUAAAUAUGGAAUAUUUUUUCCUUCCAAGGGGCUAAGGUCCAUGGCUGAUGAAAUCGCUGGUGGUGAUUAUGAUGGAGACAUGUACUGGGUCUCCAGGAAUUCUGAGCUUCUGAAGUAUUUCAAACCAAGUGAGCCUUGGAAAAGUAAUUCUCAGCUAAUUGUCAACAAGAAAAGUCUUCCUUCACCUGAGGCAUUGGAGCUAGAACUCAUUCGUCAAUACAGAAAUACUAGGUUUCAUCCAAACAAGGCUAUGGGUAUUGCUGCAGAUUGGUGGAUUGUGUAUAUGGAUCGACUGUUGACAUUGGGAGACGAAUGCGCUGAUGAAAAAGUUGCUCUGAAGGAAAAAAUUUAUAAGUUGAUUGACCUAUACUAUGAUGCUUUGGAUGCACCAAAAAAGGGUAUAACGAUAAAUGUUCCAGAGAGACUGAAACCACCCAGAUAUCCUCAUUUCAUGGGAAGAGGCGAGCAUUGCACCUACAAAUCCAAGUCUAUAUUGGGUGACAUUCAUGACAUAGUGGAUCAACUGAGUGCUCCAAUAAAACUUAGGAAGCUAGAGUGCUUUGAAGCUAAUAUUCCGGAAAUGUAUAUUGUGUUGUGGAAAAAUCACUACGACAAGUACAGAUUCGAGAUGCAGAAGGCACUAAAUGAAUCUAAAAAUGCAGAUUUUGUUUAUCAGAAAUACCGAAAGGAACUUUAUGGUGGUGUUGAUACAUAUGAUUCGGACAUGAUUGAAAAAGCUUGGAAAGAGAUUCGUCUUGAAGCAUUGGCUAUAUAUCAUGUUUGCUAUGACUAUGCAAUUGAUAAUAAGGACCCAAAAAAAUGUGGCUUUGCAUGGAAAGUUGCUGGAGAUGCCUUGUGGAAGAUAUAUCUGAAGAGUACGGGUGAAAAACCUAUAUUGUUUGCGCCAUCAGUUCUCCGCCAGAUGAUGCGUUAAGAUGCAUUGUUAUUGUUAUACACUUGCAAUGUGUCAAUGUAUGUAUUACAAUGUAAAACUAACUAAUAGGUUUAGAUUUCGGCAGACUGCUAGGUCUAUUUGAGCGUGAUCAGUUGCUCUCUUAACUAAAUUCGACUGCAAUUAUCCUGUAAUGGCUGUAAUAUAUUAACUUAUCGGUUGUUGUAGUUGGCCUUGUGUUUUCUCCAAACAGUACUUCAUUGCUGGGUAUGUUACUAUGUUCCCAGUUGAUGUUUAUAAUUAAUUGGCUUAGGCUUAGUAAAUAGUGUUUAUUUUCAAA